UACUGUUGUUAUUGGUACUAGGCUACAAUGUUGCACCACUCACCUACUGCUCUGCCAAUACUGUUUGAAGGUAGGUAAAUGGCACAAGACAAUAGGUAAGUGGUGCAAGACAGUAGGAAAGUGAUGCAGAAAGCACAAAAGUGACAAGAGACAGUAGAUAAGUUGCUUACACCAGUAAAAUGUAGAAAGAACAAGUUUUGCUCCUACUCCUCCUGCUGUAGACCCUCGUCUUUCAAAACCCAUUAAAUUAUGCUUCAGUGUAUUUCAGAUGACAUUGCGUGAUUCACAGCCAGUUGUGCUUGUUAAAAGCUACUGUUCCUGUGUGGCUGGGUGUGGGAUAUGCAAUCAUUUGGUUGCAUUACUAUAUAUGUGGCAUGUCUGUCGUCCCUCCUGUACUUUCGUGCACUGAAACAGAGCAGAAGUGGCAUAAACCACGAACAAUGGUUUGUAUAAUUUCAAUACCAGACAGUUGUGUCACAUGCAUACUAGCAUCUCUCCUAAUACCAUCUCAUAAAUAAAUAGGGAGUGAAGCCAGGACCUGUGAAUGCCAUGGUUGUAGUGAAGCCCAAACCAGAUGCUACUCCGGCAAGCGGAAUUAGGAAUUAGGAUCAUUCAUGGUUUCUGUGUUGGGACGCUCGGUCCUUUCCCAUACUCCAGGCUGUGGGGCUGGAAGACUGAAAUUGUUCCAUUGAAACAGCACUGGAACAGCUCCCUUCUUCAGACGUCUGCGCCCAGCUGGAGUCGGAGGCUCUAUCACAUCUUCACUUAGAAAGUGUCGGCUGCAAAAAACUAACAGAAGAAUUGCAUCUGGCAGACACCCCAUCCCGUUUUUGAAAGGACACUUUCGUACGUUUACACGUCAUCGUGUUAUAAGUCAAGACGAAGUAUUACAAGUAAAAACAUGAACAUAAACAUUAAGAUAAACAACAACAAGGACGAAAAUUAACCGUUUUGGAUGUUUUUGACGACAAGCAUUCAAUGCUAGCAUACGGUAGCACAGCAUUCUACGAUAACCGGAAGUUUACAUCCAUCCUGAGAUUUAACCGGAAAUACGCCAUGCUCGCCUGUGCAAAUCGCCUAUUCCGAGUUGGAUGAUAGUUCAAAACUAUUUUUCUCAGUUGAAGCUCGUUUUUUUCAGAGUUCUCAGUUGUCUUCAUCCAUCGUAUGCCAGCAGGUCAAACGAACGACUAAAAUAAACGAGUCACUCGGAAAAACGAAUCACGACGACGUCUGAGCAACAACGGGAACACAACCAACAUCUCGACCGACCUUUGACACACCUGGCGAGCCAAUCAAUUAAGAGCACCUGAUCUGUUUGUACCGUUCAUUUUUCAUAUCCAUCGUGUCACUCUUCUAAGAGUAAGUAAUUUCAGAUGGCAGAUGACAGAGAAGAAGCAACUAUGUUGUUGGCGCAUCUCCGUGUCACAGAGCUACGUGCUCUAAUGGCUGCCAUGGGCCAGACCAAGGGUGGGCUAAAGUCCAAUCUGCUGGUGAGAGCUGUGGGGGUUAUACAGACCCAGUGCAAUCCCCACCUGCUCACAGUCGUGCGCCAGCUCUACCAGGAACGCUACUCCUACCAGACAGUUCCUGGCAACAGCCAGAGGACUCCUGGAAGCCACCAGGAGGAGCAGACCGUGGCGCCGGUGGUGGAGCCAACACACAACCCCACACAGCACAUAAACCAUCUCACACACAAUCCUAGAUUGUUCCAGAUGGUACCCCUUCCCUUCUACCAAACCCUGGGGACAAUCCUACCCCCCACACAACUGGUGGGCUCUUUCUUUUCCGACAUGCAGGACCAGGAGUUCAUCAUCAGGCUGACGCCAAAGCAAGUGGAGCAGAACAGAAACUGCAAGGAGCUGCGACCAGGUGUGCCGAGUGUCCAGGUGGUUCUCAGAUUCUGCUUCACAGAGAGUCUUGGGUACGAGGAGGAUCAAUACCCACCAUGCCUGUGCAUCAGAGUUAAUCAGAAACUCAUACCCCUACCAGAACUUCACAGACACUGUACACCCAUCAACAUAACGCCAGAAGUUUCUCUCAGCCUCCUCCCCUCAUCUCGUUUAUGUGUCUGGUGGGAGAGAUGUUGCAAAAGGUACUCUGUGGCUGUGUACCUGGUGAAGGUGCUGUCCCCCUCAGACCUCCUCAGUCAACUGAAGAGCCAAUCAGUGGAGAGUCUGACAUUCUGCAGAAAGCGCAUCCAGGAGAAGCUGCGUUUCGACCCAGAGUGUGAGGUGACCACAACAGGACUACAAGUGUCCAUUAUCUGUCCGCUGGGGAAGAUGCGUCUGUCAGUGCCCUGCAGGGGGCGUAAGUGCGCCCACCUCCAAUGCUUCGACGGGAUGCUCUACCUGCAGAUGAAUGAGAAGAGGCCCACCUGGACCUGCCCAGUGUGUCACGAGCCAGUUCCUUACAGCCAGCUAAUUAUCGAUGGGUUACUGACUGUGAUCCUGGCGUUGGAGGGCUUUCAGGACAAUACAGAGGUAGAAUACCUGUCUGACGGCUCUUGGGGAUUUGUUAUAGAUGGCGUGAGCAGAACAACACAGUCUUCGGCACGUUUGGAGAAGAUGGAGGCAUACAGUGGUAGUAGUGUGACUGCAACCACCAGUGCUGUGUCAACGGAAGUCGCCACUGUGGACCUUACGCAGGAUUCAUCCGAGGAUGAGGCUGAUGAGGUCACAAAGGUGCGCCAUAACGAUGUUUCAUGAAGUUGCUCAGGGUUCUGUAUGGUCAUCAAUGGUAAACCCAUCACGGAGAUUAACAGUACUACACAUGUCGGCUCAGAGGUAAAAUGUGUAUGUUUGUUUACAAUUAAACUGGACACUGUUGAGACUUUUCAGGUCCAGUGGUCAGAAAAAUAUAAAUAGUCUUAGAGGCAAUGGUUACUGAGCAGUCCCAAGAGACAAUUAUUAAUGAGCAGGGUUACAUGCACACAAUAAUACGAUUAUUGUGGAUAGAUUAAUAUAAUAGUUUGUUUUAAAACAUUUAUUUAUUUAUUGAUUUCCCUAAUAAUCAUGUUUACAUGGACACAUCUGAAAUCGGGCAACCAUAGUGACCAUGUUUUUUGUGAAGCCUAUUUGAUUCUGAGUUCGGACAUACAGUAUAAAGUGUGUAUGUGAAAACUAUUCCUAAGAUGCAUAUUUUCAGUUUUUCCGAACUCGCUUCACUCGCCCAUUAGAGGAAGGGUUGCGCUACUGCUGCUGGCACAUGCACAGAUCAGAUACAUUGCUGGAAUGCCGAUUAUGUUGUUUACAAGUCCUAAUAAUUCAAAAGAUUGCUCAAAAAACCAGGUGUUUUAUUCGGCGUAAACUUACUUCCAUUUUGACCUUAAGCCGAUUUUAAGAUGAACAGAGUAAGGUGUUUACAUGACUUUCCAUACAUUGCCUGUCAUAAUCAGUUUAAUAUCUGAUUAUUGUGCAUGUAAACGUACCCAUGUUAAUGUAUUUUCAAUGCUUUUUUUGUAAUAUCAAUUUAUAAUAAAAUGGGGAUUGUUUUACCCUCCUAAAACAUG